AUGAUUUCUAAAACAUUUUUAGAAAAGCGUGAGGUAAAGUUUCCUCGUAGCAAAAUUCCGUCAAAUAUUUUGUCUCAUUCAGUUUUAUCAAAAAAUUCGCAUGUCUUUAAACCUUUAUCAUCAGAGAAUUCUACCAGAUACUGUUUGAUAUUAAAGAAAUUGAAAAAGGAAUUAUGGAUUGAAUCUCAUUUAGCAUUUCAACAUAUUGUAGCAGACGAUAAAUCCGCAGCCGGAACAUGGUGGUUGGAUAGUGCGAGGCAACCUGAUCCAGUCAAUAGAUUUUCAUUUAUGGGAUCAACACCAGCACUUUCCAAUUCAUUUUCAAUAUCUUAUUCAACCCUUGGGAAAAAACUUUUAAUCACAUGCUCAAAUGGAUCUGUAAUUGAAAAAAAGUUGACAGAUCAUCAAACAUUUUGGGAUUGGAUGUCAAAUACUAUAAAUUAUUUUAAUCAACAUAUGGAUAGUUUAAGGAUAUUGCAUGAUGAUGGAACCUUACAUGAUGUUAAAGAACGAAAAAUCCCCUUUGAUUUUAGAUUGGGAAUGGUUGGCUAUUUUGGUUAUGAGAUGAAAAGGGAAUCAUUAUCAGGUUAUGCAAUUCCAACAAAUCAACACCUUUCUCAAUCUUCUAAUAUACCAGAUUCUGCAUUCAUCUUUACAACUCAGGCGAUCAUAUUUGAUCAUUUAGAAAGAGAGAUAUGGUUAUCAGGAUUAGUUCGACUUGGAGAAAACAAAAGUCCUAAGAAAUUUGAUUUUGUAGAAAAUGAGUUGGGAAUGUAUCCAGGACGUUUGUUUGAUGCUUAUAAAUCGUGGGUUACCUCUAUAGAGAAGCAAUUAUGUAGUAUCAAUAGUUUCAUGUCUAAAUCUAAUCAAAUUCCACUUAAGAACAAUAAUCGGAAUGAGAAAUUAUCCUCUUCAAUUCCAAACAUCCCUUUUACACCCGAUAUGAAACGAGAUGCUUACGUAAAAGCAAUCGAAAAAGCACGUUCAUAUAUAUAUAAAGGACAAAGUUAUGAAUUAUGCUUAACUACACAAUUUAGAACCAAUUUUCCGAAAAAAUUAGAUUAUGAUUUGGUUGAACUUUAUAAACGCAUUAGAUCAUUCAAUCCAGCACCCUUUUCCGCUUUAUUAUAUUUUUCAACUGAAGACAUAUGUAUAUUAAGUUCGUCACCUGAGAAAUUUGUACACAUUGAUAACGAAGGAAUUAUGGAAAUGAAACCUAUUAAGGGAACCGUUGCAAGGGCAAAGGGAUGUUUUUGUUUAAACGUUGAAGAAUGCGAUCAAGGAACUUCAUGUGAAGCAGGGCGAAAGAAGGAAGACAUGAAAAGAAUGAGUCGUCUUAAAGAUGAUGUUAAAGAACGUUCAGAAAAUUUAAUGAUUGUGGAUUUGAUUCGUAAUGAUUUAAUACAAUUAUGUCAACCUAAUACAGUACAGGUUCCAUACUUAAUGAAAGUUGAGUCAUAUGAGACUGUACAUCAGCUCGUAACUACGGUUAGAGGACAGCUAAGGGAAGGUUUAGAUUGUGUUAAGGCUAUACAAGGAUGUUUUCCCCCGGGCUCGAUGACAGGUGCACCUAAAUUGAGAGCCGUUCAGUUAUUAGAUGAAUUAGAACAACACAACACAAGAGGUGUUUAUUCCGGAUGUUUAGGUUAUAUUUCUUUGCAAGAUGGAAGUGGAAAGGGGAGAGGUACUUCUCACUUCAGUGUUGUUAUUAGAACAGCCAUUGUUUGUGGUGAAACAGGUGAAAUAUCAGUUGGGGCAGGUGGAGCUAUUGUUUACCUUUCAAAUGCUGAAUCUGAAUGGGACGAAGUUGUAUUAAAAUCCCAAUCUGUCAUUCCUAGUAUAUUGGAAUACAUAAAGAAGACCUAUUAA